UAAUAAUGAUCAUUUAUUUUUGCCAUUUUAUAUUAUUAAUUUUGUAAUUUCAUCAUACAGUAAGAUAUAAUUUCAAAUGGAAGAAUUAACCCAGACGGCCCACGGCCCAUGUUUAAAGGUUCAUAGUAAAAUGGGUACAGAGAUAAUAAAACCAUGGAUAGAGAGACAAAGAGAUGGCCCUACUUCUAGACACUUCCACCGCCGAUCUUGUCCGAGGGCUCUACCACAUCGUUGCCCAUCUUCGGCUUCAUCUUCGCCAUGGCCUCUCAACUCCUAUCGCCUUCGGCCGUCGGUCAAGGGACGGCCUCAGUCGAGAAGACGGUGGUCGUGUGCGGGGGCGGCGUCAUCGGCGCCUGCACAGCGUACUUCCUCGCCACCAAGGGAGCCGCUCGGGUCACAGUCGUCGAGAAAUCCUCUGUCGCGUGCGCCGCCUCCGGCAAGGCUGGGGGCUUCCUCGCCCUCGACUGGUGCGACGGUAGCCCCCUCGGCGUCCUCGCGCGAGCCAGCUUCCACCUUCACCGCUCCCUCGCCACCGCCCUCGAUGGCCCCGCCAACUAUGGCUACCGCCCUCUCGACACUCUUUCCCUCACCCUCCUCCCUUCUUCUUCCUCCGCGUCGGACGCCGCUCCGUCGCCUUCCUUCCCACGUUGGGUCGAUGGCCCCCGGGCCCGGCAGCCGCGCACGAUCGGGACCACGGAGACCACUGCCCAGGUGCAUCCGCAGCUAUUCACCAGGACUCUCAUGUCUGUCGCGGCUUCGAAACAUGGGGUGGAGGUUGUGAUCGGUGAGGUGGAGCGGGUGGAGGUGGAGGACGGACGGGUGGCCGGGGUGAAGCUCAAGGGAAGCGACGGCCGUGUCAUUCCGACCGACACGGUGGUUUUAGCCCUAGGUCCUUGGUCUAACCGAACCCCAAUCGUUUCGUCUCUUUUCAACGUCUCUGGUCUCAAGGCACACAGCAUCAUCCUCCAGCCGAAGGUGCCCGACGCCAUCACACCUCAUGCCCUCUUCCUCAGCUACCAGCCGGCCCCCGGAUCCAAGACAUUGGAUCCCGAGGUCUACCCUAGACCCACUGGGGAAGUGUACAUUUGUGGGAUGUCGAAGGAAGCCGAAGUGCCCGAUGACCCCGAAGAGAUCCACGGAGAGAGUGAAUCGAUCUCAAUGCUGCAUGAGAUUGCUAGCACAGUGUCGAGUCACCUGAGAGAUGGGGAGGCGGAGGUGGUGGCUGAGCAAGCUUGCUUCUUGCCUUGUACCGAUGAUGGAUUGCCUGUAAUUGGGGAAAUUCCAGGGAUUAAAGGUUGCUACGUUGCCACCGGCCAUAGCUGCUGGGGAAUUCUGAAUGGUCCUGCCACUGGAGCUUCACUCGCAGAGCUCAUCGUUGAUGGCAAUUCCACCACUGCCGAUCUCAAACCUUUCAGUCCCUCCAGGUUUCUCCACAGGCGCACCAGGCAAAGAGUCUAAUUCCUUAUUAUAAAGCAACUGUCUUUUCAUUUGAAUUAUGUAACAAUUGUGGAUUGAGUUCAGAGUUCUCAAUGUCUAUGCUUUUGCACUGAA